AUGGUGGACAAAGCAUGGGUACAUCUGAGCAGAGUUGAUCCUGCUUAUGAGAGAGGGGAUUCUAAGUUUGUAUGGGAAGUGGCUGCAGCUUUGGGAGGAAUUGAUAUGAUUGUGUGUCCUUGCAUUGACUGCCGUAAUAUAGAUUGUCACUGCGGAAGUGUGGUAGUUGAUCACCUUGUUACUAGGGGAAUGGAUGAGACUUAUGAGAAGCGGUCUGAUUGGUACCUACAUGGAGAAUUGAGCUCAGGGGUUGCAGAUGAAAGCAGGGAAAGUCAAUGGAAUGAUGAGAUCAUUGGGUUAUACAGAGCUGAUGAGUGUUUUGAUGAAGCUUUAGUUGGUACAGUGGAUUUCUCUGAGAUGGCAGAGGGAGAGGACAAAAAAGAAGAUGAAGUUUUGGCAAAGCUAGCUGAUGCUGAAACACCUUUGUAUCUGACCUGUGCAAACUAUAGCAAGUUAUCUGCAAUAGUGUCAUUAUUUAGAUUGAAGACUCAUAAUGGAUGGUCUGACAAGAGUUUCAAUGAUCUUCUAGAGAUGUUGCCGGAGAUGUUACCAGAGGAGAAUGUGCUACACACUUCACUGUAUGAGAUUAAGAAAUUUUUGAAAUCAUUUAAUAUGGGUUACGAGAAAAUUCAUGCAUGUGUGAAUGACUGCUACCUAUUCAGAAAGAAGUUGAAGAAGCUUGAGUACUGUCCAAAAUGCAAGGCAUCGAGAUGGAAGACUAAUAUCCAUACUGGUGAGAUCCCACAAAAAGUAUUACACUACUUUCCAAUAAUCCCAAGAUUGAAUAGAAUUUAUCGGUCUGAGGAAAUGGCCAACGAUUUAAGGUGGCACUUUAGCAACAAAAGCACUGAUGGAAAACUUCGUCACCAUGCUGAUUCAGUCACAUGGGAUCAGAUGAAUGCGAAAUACCCUACCUUGGCCGCUGAAGAAAGGAACAUGAGGCAUGGACUUUCAAUUAAUCCAUUCAAUAUGAAGAAUACUAUGUACAGUUGCUGGCCGGUAUUGUUAGUCAACUACAACUUGCCACCUGAUUUAUGUAUGAAGAAUGAGAACAUCAUGCUUUCAUUGUUGAUUCCUGGUCCACUUAGAGCCUCUCAUUGA